CAGCACUGCACUCUUUUGUUGUGCUCUCACGCUACGGAACGAGAUCCAGUCCCGACUGCGCGGUCGCAAUAUGCCUCAACUUGUCCCCUCCCCCGCGGACUGCCUGGCUUGAGAUGAGUGGAAGAUGUCGGUGUCGGGUCUGAAGGCCGAAUUGAAGUUUUUGGAGUCAAUUUUUGACCCAAACCACGAACGUUUCAGAAUUAUCGAUUGGAAGCCUGAUGAGCUUAGUUGUCAGUUUAAUGUAACUGGUGAAAAACUCCUGAUUAUACAUUGCAACAUCACGGAGUCAUACCCUUCUAUACCCCCAAUCUGGUUUGUUGACUCUGAUGACCCAAGUCUGACAGAGGUGUUGGAGCGCCUGGAAGAUGUCAGAAAGGGCACCUCUCUGCUCCUACAGCAGCUAAAGCGUCUCAUCUGUGACCUGUGUCGGCUGUACAACCUGCCACAGCACCCAGAUGUUGAGAUGCUAGAUCAGCCACUCCCUGCUGGGCCCAUCAACCCAGAGCGCAAGCAUGGACCAGCGGAUGAAGUGACAUCUGAGGAGGAGGAUGAAGAAGAAAUGGGCGAGCAGGACAUUGAAGACCUGGACCACUAUGAGAUGAAGGAAGAGGAGCCAGUGGACGGGAAGAAGUCAGAGGACGACGGAAUAGAGAAGGAGAACCUGGCCAUCCUUGAGAAGAUCCGUAAGAACCAGAGGCAGGACCACUUGAACGUAAGUGCUCAUUCGGGCGCCGUCUCUGGUUCCGUUCAGGCCUCCGAUCGUCUCAUGAAGGAACUCAGGGAGAUCUACAGAUCACAGAGUUAUAAGACAGGUAUUUAUUCAGUGGAGCUAGUCAAUGACAGCCUUUAUGAAUGGCACGUCAAAAUAAGAACGGUAGACCCAGAUAGUCCCUUACAUAGUGACUUGCAAGUUAUGAAGGAGAAGGAAGGGGUGGACUACAUUCUGCUCAGUUUCUCAUAUAAAGAUAACUUUCCCUUUGACCCACCGUUCGUACGGGUUGUCUCUCCUGUGCUGUCUGGCGGUUACGUUCUUGGCGGAGGGGCCUUGUGUAUGGAACUUCUCACAAAACAGGGCUGGAGCAGUGCCUAUUCCAUAGAGUCUGUGAUCAUGCAGAUCAAUGCCACUUUAGUCAAAGGAAAAGCCAGAGUGCAGUUUGGAGCCAAUAAGAACCAGUACAAUCUUGCCAGAGCACAACAGUCAUACAAAUCCCUGGUCCAGAUUCACGAAAAGAAUGGCUGGUACACACCUCCUAAAGAAGACGGGUAAAGAAGUCACUCCUUAUACUCACUGGGAACAGAAUAAUGUCUUCGGGUCAAAAACUUUCUUUUGUUUAGUUUUAUUUUUUUGGGGGGGGGGACUAUUUUCUCCCUUCUGACUUAUCAGGAGUAAGUAAAUCAUCUUUCUCCUGGAAACCAACUGACAAAAAUUCUUCCAUCUCGUCUGUCGCCGUCGGCUCAGUUGACCAGUAUCUCUCCUCUCUGCCUGGUCCAACAAUAGGCUAGACUUCCUCCUCCUCCCCCUCUCGCUCUCACGUCACUCCACUUCCUCUGAGGGGCGUGUUUGUGGAGACUGAGGGCAUCAUUUUUUUUUUUUAUCUACACAGAAAGGUUCUUGUUUUCCCUUCUCUCAAAAAAAUUUGGAGAAUGGCUUUUUUCUUCUUCUGUACAUACGCUGGUGUGACAACAUGGGCUUGACAUAAAGUCACCAUCUGUUUCUCCUGGGAGAGAGAACACUGAUGUUCUGACAAGACGAGAGCUGGCUGGUUUGUUCGUCGCCAUGUCCUUCUCUGUUUUUAGUGUGACUCUGUCAGCUCUUACCUUACCGCCACGGCAUGGUCAGUGGGAUUUAACUGAAAGCUCUGUGGUGACCGUUUGAAUUUAAAGCGAAGAAGAUGUUUUCAGUGAUGUCAUCUUUCGUGACACUGCUCCUUAUUCCUCCUCAUUUUGUGUAAUAUUUACUGGUACAAAUUGCAGGCAUUGUUAAAAUAUUAUACGCUUAAAAUUGUAAUUGUACUUGCUGGCUUGUUUAAUGUCCCAUGAGCCAGAUUGGUGACAAAAUGGUGUGUGACUAGGAUGCAGGAGGGGCUUUAAACUGAGUCGUGAGGUUCUGUCCUAAAUGACAUCCUAUUCCCUACUUACUAAACUACUUUUGGCCGGGGCCCAUUGGGAAUACAAACGUAGGAUGUUGACAAAGCUCUUAGAAAUAAAGCAAAGCAUCUUUGCUGUGGGUUUCAGAUAAAUGGAUGGUCAAAAGCAGUAAACUAUGUAGCCCAGGGCUGCCCCAACCCUCUUCCUGGAGAUCUACUGUCCUGUAGGUUUUCAGUCCAACCCUCUUCCUGGAGAUCUACUGUCCUGUAGGUUUUCAGUCCAACCCUCUUCCUGGAGAUCUACUGUCCUGUAGGUUUUCAGUCCAACCCUCUUCCUGGAGAUCUACUGUCCUGUAGGUUUUCAGUCCAACCCUAAUGUAGCAUAUCUGAUUCAGCUAGUUAAGGUCUUGUUGAGCAGCUAAUUAGUAGAAUCGGGUGUGUUAAAUUAGGGUUGAACUGAAAACCCACAGGACGGUAGAUCUCCUGGAAGAGGGUUGGGCAGUCCUGAUAUAGGGAAUCACUCAAUACUAUCUCCUUGCUGUCCUGUAGCAUGCAGCUAUUGAUCCUCAGUCACCACACCCAGUCUGAAUAUUAUUCAUGUACUAUAGUUGAACCUGUCAUUUUGUAAAUCCAUGUACCUGUCUUAAAUAUAACAUUGGGGGGGGGGGAGGCAGAACAGGUGUGCUUACCUGCCGCAGAAUGCAGGAGGAUGUCUCUGGUGUGAGGCCAGAAGGUUUCUGUCCCAAACGGCACCCUAUUCCCUACAUAGUGCACUACUUUUUGACAAGAGCUCUAUUGGUCCCUGGUCUAAAAUAUUGUAGUGUCUUGGGAAUGGGGUGCCAUUUUGGAUCUAGGUGUUGUAUAAGCAUUAUGACGCUCUUGUUUUAUUCUAAGGAAUGUAAACUAAGAUAGUUUUGUUCCUCCCAACCGACACUGAGGUUAAAGGUAUAGCCAUCUGAAGUUAGCAUUAGCAGAGCUAACGUAGCCCUGUAGUUAGUGGUUAGCGCCAUGCUAACAUUAAGAGGCCUUUAUGAGUAGAUAACAAUCCGGUCUUUUUAUUUGGCGGUUGGUGGGUCUGCUCAUGACAUGACGACCACUGUUGUACUGCAUUUAAAGACGCUGACGGCCUGGUUCCAGAUCUGUAUUUUUUUGUACGGUCUUUCCAAAAUGUCACAGGACUUGACAAGACCGCACAAAACAUACCUGGGACCAACCAGGCUAGAGCGUAGUAUACGAGGCUUCCGUGUCACAACACACAUAAGACAUACUGAUGAAAGAUGCUGUGGCUAUUCACCGUUCACUCUAUCACAUUCCUGCACCAAACUUGUAAAGCUGUGAUUUUUAUUUUACCUCUCCCUCAGACAAACACCCUUCAUCAGUUACGUUACUAGUUAGUUUACUAUAGUCAGCUUUCAUUGGAGGUUAAAGCAUUUGUGAGACUUACACAAUUGUAUGUUUUCAAUCGAUCAUAUUAUUAUUCCUAUUAUUACAGGACAGAGUUUUCAUUGGGCUUAUAGCAAGGCUGGCCAACCCUCUGCCUGGAGAUCUUCUGUCCUGUUGGUUUUCAGUCCAACCAUAAUUUAGCGGUUCUGAUUCAGCUAGUUCAGGUCUUGUUGAGCAGCUAAUUAGUAGAAUCAGGUGUGUUAAAUUAGGGUUGGACUGAAAACCCACAGGACAGUAGAUCUCCAGGAAGAGGGUUGGACUGAAAUUCUACAGGACAGUAGAUCUCCAGGAAGAGGGUUGGGCAGCCCUGGUCUAUAGUAUACAACCUUUCAUUGGGUGAUAUAUUCUAAAUUCUAUAGCUACCUAAGUUGAAACACAGUUGACUAAUUGUAGGGGGAUCUUCCUUGUCCUGGCAAAGUAAUAACAUCUUAGAUAUGUCCCAGAUGACACCCUCUUUCCUUAUAUAGUGCACUACUUUCUUUGGUAGGGCUUAGGUCAAACAAAUGUAGUUCACUAUGUGAGAAAUAAGCUGCCGUUUGGGACGUAGAAUACCAGGCUUGGUUGAACAUAUAAACAGUGUAUGGUGAGGUUCUGUGUUUUUCACCUUGUAUACCAAGAAUGUUUGGCUAAAUAUCUUUUUUUUUUAAAUGUGUACUAAUAAGAAGGAUUACUGUAUUAUACUGUGUAAGUAUAAAUUGCUCUUAUGAACUGAUGCGGAAGUUUUGGAAUGCCGUUACUUACCCCUUUUUUCUUUUUUUUUUCUUUUUUUUUAGUGUUUCUCGUGUAACACAUCUGCAGUGCUACUAUAAGAUGUCUCCCAAAUGGCACCCUAUGGAGUGCACUACUUUUGACCAGGGCCAAUAGGGAAUAGGGUGCACUUCUUUUGACCAGGGCCAAUAGGGAAUAGGGUGCACUACUUUUGACCAGGACCAAUAGGGAAUUGGGUGCACUACUUUUGACCAGGGCCAAUAGGGUAUAGGGUGCACUACUUUUGACCAGGGCCAAUAGGGUAUAGGGUGCACUACUUUUGACCAGGGCCAAUAGGGUAUAGGGUGCACUACUUUUGACCAGGGCCAAUAGGGAAUAGGGUGCACUACUUUUGACCAGGGCCAAUAGGGAAUAUGGUGCCAUUUGGGAUGCACUCUGUGUUUUAUCCUAUGGGGUGUCUCACACUUUCUGCAAAAGCAGUUUUGAACUGAACGAAACUCAGGUAAACAAACUGUUUACUUUUGGAGGGGAUAAUCUGUGUCCCAAAUAGCAACCUAUUCCCUAUAAUAUUGAUCAGAGCCCCAUAUAGGGAAUAGGGCCCUGGUCAACAGUAGUGCACUGAAUAGGGUGCCUGGGGAUACCCAGGGCCCUUACUGCAUGUCCACCCCCAUGCUUUGACUGGUAUCAAAAACAUUAUGGGCACCUGCUGUAUGUUUGUCUUUAGCCUCUUAACUAAUACAUAUAUGCAGGCUAGGCUACUAUGGGGUUUUUUGAUAGUGCAAGAGGUCUUUUAAAUAUCUCAUCUGUAAUGUUAAAUAUAUAUUUGCACAAAAUGGCAAGGAUGUGCCUCAGUGGUCAAUAUACCUAAAAUAACAAAUCCAAGUCCUUCAAGAACCUCACCUUUUCUGAAUCAGGGGGAAACUUUUUUUUAUUUCAAUAUCAACUCUUCUAUUCCUUAUUGAUAGCGUUCUGAAUGAUGUUUCCAGUCUGAAUCAUACAGGCUGUGUCUCCCUUCUCCACCUUCAUCCCAAAGUGUACGACUCGCGCACUUCAUGUCAUGGAUUUACAUUGCUGGAGGGAGUUUCAACCAUGUUGUUAAAUCUACGACCGUUGAGCGUGCGUGUGCCCAUUUUCUGGAGAAAGGUGGAGCAUGGCGAUGUAGCCACAGGUUCUUGUAUUCCUAGGGGUCGACAGGUGGGGGGGUGGGAUGUGUUUUUAACUCUGUACUACAUCUACUUAACUCCAGAUGACCAUGGCACUAUUUUAUUCCCUAUAUAGUGCACUACUGUUGACCAGGGCUCAUGGGGAGCCCGAUAGGGCUCUGGUCUAAAGUAGGGCACUACUGUUGACUAGGGCUCUGGUCUAAAGUAGGGCACUACUGUUGACCAGGGCUCUGGUCUAAAGUAGUGCACUAUGUAGGGAAUUGGGUGCCAUUUGAGAUAAAGCCAAAGGCUUGUCCCGUUACUUCUGCACAGAAUUGAUGGUUAGUAUAUGAUUAUAACUUCACAUGGUGAAUCCAUUUAAAGUAACUUAGGGUCAACUCAGUAGAACAUUUUAGCACGUCUCUAGAACCCUGCGGAUACCCAGAUCCUGUCCAGAUUACAACCGCCCCCUUUCCUACCCCCAGACAUGGACUUGUGGAGAACUGAGGCUGUAUGUAUUAAGCGUCUUAGUAGGAGUGGCAGAUCUAGGAUCAUUCCUCUUCAUAGAUAAUUAUGACUGUGGACAGGAGGGACCUGAUCCUAGAUCAGCUCUACUAAUCUUGACGUUGGAUACUUUACCCUGAUUAUAGUUUGAUAGGGGUUAAGCAAUAUGAUAGGAUAGGUGGAUAUGUUGCCCUAUUGCUUACACGUGCCCAAUCCUUUCCGAUCUAGGGGUUAGGUAGAGGGGGAGCCUGUCCCUGAUCUAGGGGUUAGGUAGAGGGGGAGCCUGUCCCUGAUCUAGGGGUUAGGUAGGGGGGGGAGCCUGUCCCUGAUCUAGGGGUUAGGUAGAGGGGGAGCCUGUCCCUGAUCUAGGGGUUAGGUAGAGGGGGAGCCUGUCCCUGAUCUAGGGGUUAGGUAGAGGGGGAGCCUGUCCCUGAUCUAGGGGUUAAGGUAGAGGGGGAGCCUGUCCCUGAUCUAGGGGUUAGGUAGAGGGGGAGCCUGUCCCCGCUCUAGGGGUUAAGGUAGAGGGGGAGCCUGUCCCUGAUCUAGGGGUUAGGUAGAGGGGGAGCCUGUCCCUGAUCUAGGGGUUAAGGUAGAGGGGGAGCCUGUCCCUGAUCUAGGGGUUAAGGUAGGGGGGAGCCUGUCCCUGAUCUAGGGGUUAAGGUAGAGGGGGAGCCUGUCCCUGAUCUAGGGGUUAGGUAGAGGGGGGAGCCUGUCCCUGAUCUAGGGGUUAAGGUAGAGGGGGAGCCUGUCCCUGAUCUAGGGGUUAGGUAGAGGGGGAGCCUGUCCCUGAUCUAGGGGUUAGGUAGAGGGGGAGCCUGUCCCCGAUCUAGGGGUUAGGUAGAGGGGGAGCCUGUCCCCGAUCUAGGGGUUAGGUAGAGGGGGGAGCCUGUCCCCGAUCUAGGGGUUAGGUAGAGGGGGAGCCUGUCCCCGAUCUAGGGGUUAGGUAGAGGGGGAGCCUGUCCCCGAUCUAGGGGUUAGGUAGAGGGGGAGCCUGUCCCCGAUCUAGGGGUUAGGUAGAGGGGGAGCCUGUCCCCGCUCUAGGGGUUAGGUAGAGGGGGAGCCUGUCCCCGCUCUAGGGGUUAGGUAGAGGGGGAGCCUGUCCCCGCUCUAGGGGUUAGGUAGAGGGGGAGCCUGUCCCCGCUCUAGGGGUUAGGUAGAGGGGGAGCCUGUCCCCGAUCUAGGGGUUAGGUAGAGGGGGAGCCUGUCCCCGAUCUAGGGGGUAGGUAGAGGGGGAGCCUGUCCCCGAUCUAGGGGGUAGGUAGAGGGGGAGCCUGUUUCUGGACAGGGCCCAAAUCUCUGGUCAGGGUUUAGGAGCUCAAUCACUUUGGGGUAGUCAGUCAGUUCAGUCGUUCAUUCUGUGAUGAAUAGGUUUGCACGCUUCUCUGUAACUGGACCAGUGUUUUUGAUAAAGUUCAUUUAUCUUCUCUAUCUAGACUAAUUGUGAAUUUAUUUUCUGCUCGUCAGCAAAUGGUGGACAGAUUGUCAAGUUUUGCACCGUUGGCAUGCUUUGGUUUGUGUUCAUAUUUUUUUUCCAUUUCAAAACAAAUUUUGACCAUGUACAGUAAUUUAUAAACUUGCAUCAAGUUUAUGAAUAAAGAAUUUUAAGAUUA